CGGCUUGCUCGUUCCUUCUCUGUCCCUGAGGUCCAAGCUGCAUUCCUUUGUGCCAGUAACACUGGAUUGCUGAGACCUGUUUUAAAGGUUCAGUCAGAUCCGCUUCCAUCUUGCUUACUCAAGCCUCCUGGGGGUCCCUUUUCAGAUGUGAAUGGAGAGCCCUGCUGGUACUGCGUGGAUGACUGCUCCUGGUACGAGAACUGGGAAGACUGCAGCGAGGAAGCGGAGGAGGACGACGACGACAAUGACGAAAGAGUUCAGAAGGCUAGUCACACCACGUUCUGUGGUUUUCGGAGGUCCUUUCUUUGCCAGCCUUCUGCACCUCUCCCUCCCCAUGGCACCAGUCAGGACUUUGCACUACUGGACCUUGCUCUGCCCCAGAAACAGCAGCUUACAGCUGAGGAGGCUGAGCGGAAUGCAGAAUUGCUGGUUGCUGAGGAGGAACGUCUCAAGAAGAAGGCUGAGAAGAAAAGAGUGAAGAAGAAGAGGCAGAAGGACCGGAAGAGGCAGGAGAGGCGUAACCUGGAGUUAAAGGCAAAGAGCGAGGCAAACAAAUCUUCAGAUGGGCAAGAUGAGGGCCCUUUGGCGGCCAUUCCAAGCACGUUGGAUGACGGGGAGGGGAGUUUCAUUGAGGCCUCCCCAGGCAGGAGCCCCAGCAGGAGUACGGAGGAGGAGGAGGCUGAGGAGGAACUGGAUUUGUCCAGCACUUUUGUCUCCAAAGCUCGCCUCAAGGUGGGCGCCCAGCCCCUGCUUCCACGGAAGGAGAAGGGAAGCAAGCUCUCCAGGGGGAGGAAGGCAGAGACAAAACACAAGCCAGAGCUCCAAAGGCCUGAGCUCCAGUUGACUCCUGUGGAGCAGAGCAUGGUUCUGGCAGAUUGUGGAAACGAAACUGCAAGGCAGGGGCGCUAUCACGAGGCUGUGCUUCUGUUUACUGAAGCUAUUAAGUUGAACCCGCAGGAAUACAGGUUCUUUGGGAAUCGCUCCUUCUGCCACGAGAAGCUGCAGCGCCAUCCAGAGGCCCUGUGUGAUGCCCAGCACGCGCUCAGCCUGCACCCGGGCUGGCCCAAAGGCCUCUUUCGCCAGGGCAAGGCUCUCAUGGGCCUCAAGCGAUACACGGAUGCUGCAAGGACGUUCCAGGAGCUCCUCCAGUUGGACGACUUCCGGGGUGAUGCAGCUGUCCAGCUACAGAAGUGCCAGAUUCAGUAUUUGCUGGAGAACCAACUGGGCUCCUCCCGUCCCGACCGGAACGUUCUGCCUCUGGAAACCCAGCUGCCCCUGUCUGGAAAGCAGCCAGGGGGGCAGCAGUGCCCAGGCAGCAGCGCCCAGGCUGUUGCCACCACCCUGCUGGCACCUUCAGCACCAAAGGCCCCGGUCAGGUGAGGAGCAGGAAGCACCUGCGUCGGGGGG